AUGGUAGAGACGGCGGUGGCGAGGCAAUACAGCGGUUUCUUCUCACCCGCAUCGGCCACNCCACCCGUUGUGGGGCUAACCGACGCCCCCUGCACCACAACACUGUUGCUGGUCUUGCCGUCGUUGGCUGUGUUGUUGACACUGCUGCCUGUUGCUGCGGUGUUGGCGAUGCCGCGUGUUGGCACGGCGUCUUCCGCCUUCGUUGUGUCAGCCGCAGGACGCCGACUCUGCGACGGCGUGCGCCUCUUCGGGGGGGACUUCACCACCCGGCGCCCUGCUAAUGCUGCACCGCGCCCCCGCUUUGGCGGCGGCGGCAGCGGCUUCUUCUUCGCGAGCAAUGCCACCGCGAGCCUAAACAUGUGGAUGCGCUAA